ACAUCAGUGAACGAUAUCAUUGAAGCGUUGCCGACACUGCGUCGUCAAUCUUUGGUCCCAAUUGGAAUAUCCCCUUAAUCUCACGCUUGUUUUACUUCAGAUUGUUGUCGAUUUCUCUCCUUAUAAAGUAGAAGCCAUCAAUAAUGGGGAAGUCUUCACGCGAUAAACGUGAUAUUUACUAUAGAUUAGCUAAAGAAGAGGGUUGGAGAGCACGUAGUGCCUAUAAGCUGCUACAAAUUGAUGAUGGGUAUGGAAUUUUUUCUCCUGAAAAUGCUCCUUUAGAACGAGUGGUUGAUUUGUGUGCUGCACCUGGUAGCUGGUCACAAGUAUUAUCAAAACGUUUAUGGGAAUCGAAAUCCCCAGAGGAUCAAAAAUCUGUGAAAAUCGUUGCCGUGGAUCUACAGGCUAUGGCCCCAAUACCAGGAGUUAUUCAAAUUCAAGGCGAUAUUACUAGUCAGGAUACGGCUCAACAGAUUAUAAGACAUUUUGACGGCAAGUUAGCUCAACUUGUUGUUUGUGAUGGUGCUCCAGAUGGUAAGUGAGUUUGAGCUUUUCAAGCUAAUAAUUUUCUAUUUGUAAAUUAUGUGUAAGUUUUGACUUCUGUCCGUUUAAACUUUUGGUAUAAAUAUAUGCCACUUUGUAUUAGGUUUAUUUUUUGACUCUUUGUGUUCUACUGCCAAUUUUUAUUGAGUAGUGUACUUUUAUCUUAAAAUCCUUACUCCACGUAUUAAUGGUCUUGCUAACAUUUUUCUUAUUAUUUUUGUAGUGACAGGUCUACAUGAUUUGGAUGAAUAUGUUCAGUCGCAUCUUAUCUUAGCUGCUAUAACUAUCUGUUCAAGAGUUCUUGAGCUUGGUGGUACAUUUGUUGCUAAGGUUUUUCGUGGACGAGAUUCUGGUUUACUAGGUUCCCAACUCCGACUUUUGUUUUCGGGUGAAGUUAGUUUUGCAAAACCAAGAGCUAGUCGGAACUCUAGUUUAGAGUCCUUUGUUGUAUGUCGUGGAUUUAUGGGUCCUCGUUUACGGACAGAUUUGAAACCAUCCACAUCUUUUGAGAAUCAUUCAAGCAACGAUAAUUUGCUAUUAUUAUGGUACGACAAGGAUAACUUUGAAGACGUUAAUUCUUCUCAACAAGCUCUAUUACCAUUCAUGGCGUGUGGAGAUUUGAGAGGUUUUGACCCAGAUGUCACGUAUACUUUAGACCCUGAUCAUAUAGUCAAGCCACCAGUACAAGUUCCUGUAGAUCCUGCUUAUUCCGAAGUUUGCCGAUUCAGUCGCUUAAAUCAAUCAAAUACUUCAAAAUUUCAAUCUUUGGAAAAGAAUAAUGAAAUUGAUAAUAAUGAUGAUAUUUCUAGAUUUACAGAACUUAUGGAAAAGUUGUCUUUCGAUCCAAGAGAAGAUCAUUUAUGAUGUUUGAUUUUUAUGGACAAAACUAUUUUAUUCUAUAAACAAAUAAAUGUAUUACAUUUAUC